AAAUGAGUAAAGUUUAACAAUAGAAACAAUUGAGAUGCUUAAAACAUUUUUCGGCUGCUUUUAUCAUAUUUUUUUAAAUUGAAUUUUGGAAAGAUGCAAGUUCAACCACCUAAAAAUAAUAACAUAAGCGGAUCUAAUUUCUUACAAUUGCCACAACUUCAAUUUAAUAAGUUAGGAUAUCCUCAAGUUCAAGCAUUGAUUGAAUAUACGAAAGCUAAUAUAAAACCUUGGAGAUUAUUUCUAAAUACUAAUUAUGUUCGAUCACCUCAAAGCGUGUCAAUAUUAAGUAAAAGAAUAGUGAAGAACAUUGAAUACUUCCAGAGCAACUAUCUCUUUGUAUUCAUUGGAUUAUUUAUAUAUUGUCUGAUUACAUCGGGUUUAUUACUCCUUCUUAUUACAAUACUUUUUGGAAUUUAUUAUAUGGUAACUAAAUGGCAUACUAAUAAAAGAUUAUUGAUUCUUGGUCAUAGAUUAACUUUAGCUCAAUUAUAUGCAUUAAUUGGGAUUUGUUCAUUACCUUUCUUUUAUUUGGUUGGUGCUGGACAAUACUUGUUUUGGGUACUUGGCGCAUCCUUGUUUCUAAUAACACUUCAUGCAACUUUUUAUAAUAUUGACUCUGUUUUAUGUCCGGGACAAGAAGAACUUGAUACAUUAGUAGUUGAAGAAGUGUAAAGUUAUUUUAAAUAUGAAAACAAUUACAAUUAUAAAAAAAGAAACUAAAACGGUUUUUUAUGAAAGUAAUAAUUUACACAUCUUAUUCACGUAUAAAAAUAAAAAAAUAUGAACCAGAAAAUGGAAUAUAUUUAUAUUUAAAAACUAUGUUGAAAGAGAAUUGCAUUCUCUUAUUUUGUAUAUUGUCAUGAUUCUUUACUUUUGAUAAAAUGUCUCUUCUGUAUCUACUCUGUUUUCCAUUGCAAUUUUAAAUUUGCAUGAACGUGACAAAUUUUAUGGAAAUCAUAUAUUAUAAAAAUAAAUAAAAAAGAUACUGUAAUUUAUUAUUAUUUAUUGUAAUAAUUAUAUUAGUAAUAAAAAAAUAAUACUAUAUUUAUAUGAAAAAUGGAAAACAUCAGUUCUCUGCCAGGAAUCAGGAUCCAUCCUCAUUGGCACAUAUUAACUUCCAUUGUUUUACUUACCUAAUUUAUAUAGGUAAGUUUUAUGAUAGAUCAACUUAGGUCUAAAUACAAAAAAAACGAUGGUUUACAAAUGUAAUUAUAUGUAAGUUAAAAUUAUUACAAACUUAAUAUUAGGUUAUAUAAUCGUUAUUGUAAUACAAACAUGUUACAAAAUUUAUUAUUGUU